AUGGGGAAAUCUUAUGAUACAGCUCUACACUGCUUAACUACUAAGAUAGGGAAAGCUGUAGAGAAUAAAAUGUAUGCAGUAGGUAUAUUCCUGGACAUCGAAGGGGCUUUUGACAAUACUCCCUUCGAUGCUAUGUGUGAAUCUGCACAACAGCAUGGAAUAGAACCACUUAUUAUUAAGUGGAUAGAAUCCAUGCUUAAGGAACGCUCCAUUUUGGGACAGCUCAAUGAGACCAAAAGAAUGGCUGCUAUUGCCAUUACUGGAGCAUUAAGAACUACACCAACGGUUGCAUUAGAGGCACUAAUUGGAUUGCCUCCUCUGCAUCUAGAGGUGAAAGCUCACGCGAAAGCUACAGCACUAAGAUUCCACAACUUAGGUAUGUGGACUUUGGAGAGUGAUACAACAGAACAUGGUAAAAUACUAAAAGAGAUAGACAAGGGCUUUUUAGAAUACCCCUUGGACUAUAUCAAACCGAAUGGAAUAUUAANUACACGUAGAGAAUGGAAUAUUAACCACCUGACUGACAAAGGAGGAUUUGUGAUAUAUGCAGAUGGAUCCAAAAAAUCAGGAAAGGUAGGUGCUGGAAUUUGGGGCUUAAAGCCACGAAUAAAUGUCAGUAUGUCAUUGGGCACAACACCCUCUGUUUUCCAAGCAGAGGUGAUGGCGAUACUGGUAGGGGCUCAGAACCUGCUGGUAUACAAAAAUAGGAAGAUAACUAUCUUAAGUGAUAGUCAAGCGGCUUUGAAAGCACUCUGUAACGAUCAGUUAACAAAAAACUGCUAUGCAUCCAAAAACUCUAAUGGAGUGGGUUUUGCAACAAUCAUAGGUCAUGAAAAUCAUAAAUUCUCACUUCCUCCUAGCACCAAUAUAUACACAGCUGAAGCUUAUGCCAUCUUUGAAGCUCUGAAAAUCGCCUCCUCCUUAAAUUCAGAUUCUUUCACCAUCAUAAGCGACUCUUUGAGUGCUUUAAUAUCUAUCUCAAAUCCAUACCCCAAGAAUGAACUAGUACAACACAUCCAAAAACAGAUAUCUACCUCUAACAAAACUUUCUCUUUCAUGUGGGUCCCCUCUCACGUCGAAAUUUCUGGCAAUGAAAGAGCAGAUAAAUCUGCAAAUGAAGCCACACUUCCUCAAAAUGCCUUAGAAAUAAACCUAACUACAUCCUCAGAAUUGCUGGACAUCAUUAACACCAAAAUCUCUGACACAUGGCAAACUAAAUGGAACAGAGUCCCGCUAUCAAAUAAACUGAGAAACAUCAAGCCCUCCAUAAAAAAAUGGAUUUUUCCCUGUAACCUCAAAAGAAGGGACGAGGUCAUUAUAACCCGGGCUAGAAUAGGCCACACUCAUCUCACCCACUCAUUCCUCAUCACCAAGGAUCCUGCUCCACUAUGUGACGCAUGCAACGAGGACCUGUCGAUCGACCACAUUGUCACUAGAUGUCCAAAAUACGCUGCAGCUCGGAAAAUAUUCAAAGAUUCGUCUUCUCUCCAACUUGCUCUCAGCGAAGAAAACACAGAAGCUAUAUACAAAUUUUUUUAUCUUAUACAUUUAAACAAUAAGUUGUAAAUAUUCAUAACUUUACAUUGUAAUAACUCUCUGCAGGCUAAUAACCUAAGCUGUUGAAGCCUUAUCAUUAAUAAAA